CGCUUUUGUCUGUAAGCUGUUCUUUAUGAUCAGUAUUGAUUUUUUGCGACGGUCCGUGUGAUUAGAUUCGCUCGGAAUUUAACUGGUCGACCGCAUCAUUAGAAUGUUUAGCUUCGGUUAACGCUGAUCACAGCGACAGAUACCUCGAUUUAGCUACGUGGACCAAAUUGAAUUUCAGCUAACAUAUUUUUAAACAUUGGUUAAACCUGGUAAAUACCACAGGACUUCAAUUCAUAAGUAUUUCGCUGCAACUGUCAAAGAGUUUACGUUUUCAGCGGGUAUUCCAGAAUCUCCUAAUUACAUGUUUUGAGCGAGCUGCUAUAAACGAACAGUGACUGAUUGCUCUGAUAUAGCUUCAGAAGCUUCUCUCUUCAACAUCUGUACACGACAGUGGCAAAGUUGGUCAGCUGAAGAGCCAAUUGCAUCGUCUCUUAUUUCUACUGGUAUCUACAGGGACUGUUCGAUUUAUUUCAUUUACCUCUGGUUAUCAUAGAUACAAAAUGAAAUGAGGGAGUUAUGUCAUGUGUGGAAUAAUUUCGGAGGAAUGACUGAACACGAAAGAACGCCACGAGGAUUAUUCGUGAGAGCGUGUUUAUUACACGUUUAAAAUGAGUUACACGAAUUUGUGAGAUUUCUGUGGAUUAAAAAGACUGCUUCGUAGAGAAAGAAACACUAUUAAUUUGCUUGGACUGCUUUUAAGAGCGGCAAACAAGCACCAGUUUCUAAUAGAGUUCUGCCGACAGACACGCACCGGAAACGAAAAUCUCGAUAUUAACUGCAAGGGAAUGACCGAACGAUUGUCUCCAACAGCGAAAGAAACACGUCGAUUUGUUUGGAUUUUAGGGAAGUUGAGAACUUCGUUAUUGUGAUGAAAAAGACAAGGGCAAAAGACGAUUCGGAGGCUUACCAACACCAUUACAUUUACAACAAAGAUGAUGAAAUCCGUAGAAGCACAGGGUCCAUUUUUGGAGGUGAUAGCCCAUCUAAAGUGAAAUCACAACCAAUGCAUGUCCGAAGUAAUAGUGACACAAGCGAAAUAAAUGUUUCAGUGAGGAAUAACUAUUCUGAUGGGCCUGCUGCAGAAGCCCGUUCUCCCACCGGAGAAAGUUUCUUUGCCUUAAUAAGAAAAUUUGAGCAAAACAUUCAAGAUGGACAGAUUCAAAAGUCAUGGUUUUAUGAAAAUGAAAACCAGAAUUACAUUGUUGAUGGGUUUAGAGGAAAGCCCGGUGCAAGCUCUGCCAAUUCAAGUCCCUUGGUUGAAAGAAGAACUCCUCUCUUACGUCGAAAAAACUCUUUAAGAAACAACAGUUAUUUUGGGAGAGUUUUUAAAGGUUCUGGGGAUACGAAGGGAGGAGAGGAAGAGGUUGGAGAUGAACCAUCUAGGAAAUAUUUUGCACAUUAUGACUGCCGCAGUAUAACAGUUGAUUUUGAUGAGCUGGCACUUGCAUUGUCUGCUCAAGGUGAUGGACUUAAAAGGAAGAAUACGCGAUCUGGUGCUUCAGCAGCAUCAACUCAGGUUACUGCAGCAACACUUGCGGAUAGAAUGCAAAGACGUGGCUCAGACUCAAGUGCGAGCACAAAUGAGGAUGAUCUUCCUGACAUGGGAGAUGACAAAAGUAAUGGUCUUGUUCUCAACUGUCCCUAUUUUCGUAAUGAACUUGGUGGGGAGGAGGAGCAAGACCUACAGAUUGGUCUCACGCCAGAUAAUGUGGCAUUUCAAAAUCUUCACGAUCCAAUGCCUCCCAAGGAACCAAAAUUAGACACGUUUAGGCGAAGGUCAACCCUUGAUAUUCUAUUGACUGCAUACGACUCGGCACAGGUUGGAAAUUUAAGUAGUGGAACAGGUGUUACCAUUCUUGACAACUCAAAACCUGAGAGUGGUUUCUUAUUUCUCGGGGAAAGAGGCCGCAAUGAGGAUGGUCGAGUCUUUGAGCAUGUGGAUCAUGGAUCCUAUUAUUACAGAAACUUUUUUGUUGGUCAAGAACAUCUGAAUUAUCUUGGAAUGGAUGAGAGAUUUGGUCCUGUGGCAUUGUCCUUGAAACGAGAAAAGCUUGAUGAAAGCAUGUCACUACUAAGGGCAGGGGAGGCCGAGGGAAACACAUAUCAAUAUCGAAUAAUUGCAAGAUCAAGUGAGUUAACAACACUUAGAGGAAGUAUUUUAGAGGAAGCUAUUCCAUCAACUUCAAGACAUGGUGCUGCACGUGCCCUCCCAGCUAAAGACAUCCUUGAACAUGUGAUUCCAGAGUUACAGUUAACUGCCCUAAGGAUGGCACAACCUGGUAUAAAGGUUCCAGAACAGCUCAUGAAACUUGAUGAACAAGGGAUGACCAAUCAGUUUAAAGUUGGUGUGUUAUAUGCAAAAGAUGGCCAGAGUACAGAAGAGGAGAUGUAUAAUAACCAAACAUCAGGUCCAGCUUUUGAAGAAUUUCUUGACUUGAUUGGGGAAAGGAUUGCUUUAAAAGGAUUUGAAGGUUAUAGAGCCCAGUUGGAUAACAGAAAUGACUCCACUGGGGAAUCUUCAGUGUACACACAGUUCCAAGGACGCGAAAUUAUGUUUCAUGUAUCAACCCUUUUGCCUUGGACUCCAAACAACAGACAGCAGCUUCUGAGGAAGAGACAUAUUGGAAACGACAUUGUGACCAUUGUGUUCCAAGAACCUGGUGCUCUUCCAUUUACCCCAAAGAACAUCAGAUCUCAUUUCCAACAUGUUUUUAUUGUGGUCAGAGUUUUCAAUCCUUGCUCAGACAACACAUACUACAGGGUUGCUGUUAGCCGUUCAAAGGAUGUUCCUCCAUUUGGGCCUAAUAUUCCUGCUGGAGCAAAGUUUGGAAAGACAAAGGCCUUUGCAGACUUCCUUUUGACAAAAGUCAUAAAUGCAGAAAAUGCUGCCCACAAGUCUGAGAAGUUCAGUGCUAUGGCCAGAAGAACAAGACACGAAUACCUAAAAGAUCUGGCUACAAAUUUUGUCACGAAUACCACACUAGAAACCGGGGCCAAAGGAAAAGGAAUCUUGAGAUCAACUAAGAAGAAGGAGAAAGUUCAUCCUCCCAUUUCUCCUGAAAAAGUCUCCAGAGGAGCAUUGGUUUGGAAUGUACAGGUUGAAGAUUACAGGAAUGCCUCUAUGAUUGAGUGUAAGAUGGGAAUCUCUGCAGAGACUCUGGUACUCAUUCACUCCUCGAGCAAAGAAGUGCUAUUUAGCAUUCCAGCUAAGUCAGUUAUAGGGUGGACUUCCUUAUCACAAAGCAUCAAAGUGUUUUAUGGCAGUGGUUAUUGCCUGGUGUUGAAUAUUCCAACCCCUGAUUCAGAUGAUAUCCCAGAGAUUGUCAGACGACUGGAAGAGAUCUCUAUUGGUUGUCAGACUCAAACGAUGACUUUGCGGCGAAAUGGCAUGGGUCAGUUAGGAUUCCAUGUACAGUUUGAAGGCCUCAUUGCAGAUGUCGAACCUUCUGGAUUUGCCUGGCAGGCCGGGCUAAGACAAGGAUGCAGGCUUGUGGAGAUCAACGGGAUGAUAGUAGCUACACUGAGUCAUGAUCAGAUGAUUGACAUCUUACGUAAGCCAGGUUCAGUGACGGCUGUGAUAGUGCCUCCUUUCCCGAAUGGAAACCCAAGAAAGGGUAUCCAGCCGAACACUGGUUCUUACUGGAGCUCUUCCAGUCGUACCUCGGUCACGACCAUGUCGUCAUUCGGUAGUGCGUCUUCAGUAGCGGAGGAAGGUGAAUCACGUGAUCACUCGGCAGCCUCUUCUUCAUCCAUAUCAGCCCCUGACACUGGCAGAAAGCAGCCGUCAAAAGGUUCGGCCUCCAAGCACGAUGUGAAAGGGAAGGAGAGUCCAUGGAUCAUGCGCUCGAAUAAUGCGACCUCUAUGGAUGGCGGAGCUACAUACUCAGGCUUCCGUCCUCUCGACCCACCGUUGUCGCCUGGUGCGAGCUCAGCCUCGUCUGUCAGCGGCAGCACGUCAACGCUUCACGAAACAUCACGACAACAAGGUGCUUCAUACGGGGCUUCAUACACUGUGACAAGUAUUACCCCUAGAGACACUAGACACCAGGCUACUUCUGAAGCACACCUUGCACCAAAAUGGAGCGGGCAUUUAGCACAAGAUUCAGAUCCACGGCCAGCCAAGCCCGUUGGUGUGACAUUAAAGGCCCAUACUGCUUCAGGCACAUUAUAUGCCAUCGCCAGCGGACCCUCAUCUCCGCCAGCGUCUCCGCGCACUCCAGAGACCCCCAUAUUUGGAAGUACUUCACAGAGACAUCGCAGAGUGGUCCUGAACGGUCAAGGGGAUAGCAACACGCCUAUUAGGUUAGAGGGAAGUGCACAAGAUGCGAGACUGCCAGCGGACAGUUAUGGUACUGUUCGUGUGAACAUUGAAUCAUCAGCAUCAACGCCAAAUAACAAAGCGCGUGAACUAGAUGUCUCCAAUGGUGAGGUGAUGCAAGCUGCUGCUUUGCCUUUUAAAGAAACAAGUCUUGGAGCUGUGAUUACCACUGUCAAUACUUACAAACAAAAACAAAGCUACGAAGACUUAAGCGAAGCCUCCAUGUCUGACACCGUCGAUCAGAUUGAACGCGCGUUUGGUUUCAAAACACCUGACAUGAUCGCGAACGGAACUGGAAGCCUGGAGCGGAACAACAGCAUGCGAGGGAAACACGGAGACCGGAGUCCUUCCAGUUCCAUGCAGGACAUUCACCUGACUCGUCGUGUACAGUCGGGGGAUUCACUGAAUCGAUACAGGAGCAGUGAUGAUGAAGAAUCUCCUGGAAAUAUUCUGAAACGACUGUCAAAAGAAGCCAGCAGGGAGCAAGACAGAAUGAACCAGAGAAAGAGCGAAGGAGAUCUACCUCAUAAUGUGAUUAAAAGCAGGACAACCACUGUAGUCGAAGCGUCACCGACAUCGGUUGAAGUCAAGAAAGAAGCCGCAAAGAAAUCUGAAUACGAAGCGCGAAUAGCCGCUAGGAACCUGCUUAUAGAACGCUUGGAAAAUCACAGGCAAUCACUCGAAAGCCACAACGUAGAGGGGAUCAAAGUUUACCAUGCUAAGAGCAGAAGUACGCCGGCUGAUGGGGCGAGAAGGUUAAAUGGCGAAAAAUUACCCAAAGCGCGGCAGACCUCGCAGGAUGAUAGUGCGAAGAACUCUCUAGAGAGGGAAGGUGUGGAUGGAGUGGGAAAAGGUGAUCAUUAUUUGAGGCGGAAGAAAUCUGCUCCUGAAUCGCCAAAUAUCAAAAUAAUUCGUACUCCAGAUAGUUACCGAGCAACCAAACCGGUGGUACGCUCUGAACGAAAAAUCCGCCUGACAAGUUCUACGAGUUCGAGUGGUCAGACGCCGGAAAAAAGUCAAACAGUACCCCGUCAGAGAUCUAGUCGGCGACAGAGGCAUGCUUCCAAACAGAUGGCUGCUGCUAAUGGUGGAAACUCAGAUUCAUCAGAUGAAGGACGUAAUAAUCGAUUUUCACGAAGUGGAGAUGCCAUCGAUGCCAGUCCAUCCGUAGUUGAAAAGCUUCUCUUCACACCCGAUAACAACAAAAAGUCGAAGAGCCUCCCGCGCGAGUUGGAGACAGGAGCAAAUGACUCGCGCGCUAUGCGGAGCCAUCGCUCGCAUUCCCACUCGCACUCAUCGCAUCUCAAAGGAGCACGCAUUACCAAGAUUAAAAUGAGCGCAAGCGAGGAACCCAAUGAUUCUAUCGUGGAUCAGACCUCGCGGCUGUUGCAUGCGGCUAAAGCCGUCAAAUACGACAAAGGAUCGUCCCUUGUCAUAGCUGAAGAUGUGUUGCACUCACUGACGCGCGCUUCUGAUUUGCUCCAUCAUCAGUCGUCGGUUGCCAGGGAGGAGAAGGAACGAGACAGGAAGGAUAAGGAGAAGUCGCUUAGCAGAAUAAAGGCACCUGGCCGUGGUCGCUCACAUGGACCCCACAAGUUUUACAUCCCUGUUGUGCCCAGGAGACACAGCUUUGAUGAAAGAAUAUUCGCCGCACCGAGCGCCAAAGGCAAUUCUGGUGAAAGUUUGCUCACUAGAGAGAGUAUCGGAAAGGAAGCAGAACUUGAGAUGAAACUUGCAAUUGUGUCAAACGCCUUGAUGAAGGAAGGAGAAGAGAGACAUCGAGUGGAUGUUGAAUUAAGAAGACUUCAGAAAGAAAACAAAAGACUUCAAGAAGAUCUUCGGACGGCCUCGCACCAACUUCGGAAAUUUUCCGAGUGGUUUUUUACGUCAGUUGAACCAAGUAACACGUGAUACAGACACCAUGAAUUGUUCGUUGGAUAAGUUUCUAUUUUUAAAUGUUCCUUCAUCGUUCGUAGAGUUCAUCCUUUUAGAGUAUUAGUAAACAAUUAACGUUGAGAAAGAGGAAGGUGCUAUUAUAUAAAUAUCUUAGAUUUAACUGGUAAAAUAGCCUGUAAGAUGUUGUAUUUUCAUAGCGUUUGAUAUAUAAAAGCAAGUAAUAUAGGUAAAAAAUUUCCAAAAUUUUUCAUUGGUUGGUUUUCGACGUAGUUGUCCAAUUUUAAACGACCGCUGUCUGCGUCAUCUAAGGGACCAUUCAUUUUUUUAUUGACUGGGGAGGGGAGGGAUGAGUCGGAGAACUUUGGUUGUGUCAUAAAAUUUACCUGACCCCCCCUCCUAAGGCUCUAAUGAUCCUCGUUCAUCUUUUAUAGUCCCCCCUUUUAUAAUCUGUUAGUGACCACUGAUCCCCGUCUGUUCUCCCUGAAAACCAUUUGACCCUCCCUCCCAAAAAAAAAGAUAAAAAGAAAAAAAUCCUCCGACCCCUCCCUUCCAGGCGAUAAAGAAUGACUGGUUCUCAAUUACAAUGCUUUCUUCGUUCUUUAUUUCUGAUAUUUAUCCUCAACCUUGGUUUUUUUUGGUUGAUAUAAUCCUUUGCGUGUUUAUACUUCAUGUACUUUUCUUCCUAUGGUUGAAUUAAAUAAUUUUUGCUCUUGCUGGUAUUUAAAAUUCAUUCUAAUUAUACUGGAUGGCUUUUUCUGGUUAAUGGAACAGGAGGGUACAGUAUUCCUAGAAGGACUGUUGUCGGUGAGAGUGAUUGACGUUUGGACGUCUUGAACGCAAGAGUUGUGUGCAAGUCUGGUUUGUGAAAUGUGAUUGGUCAGUUUUUUAUUGUUAAACCCAGGUAUCUCACGACGAUUGUGAUUGGUUCGUUUCAAUAGGUCGUAAAGGUUGGUCUGUUUUCUCGUUAAUCAUGGUGACGUUGGGAAUAAAUUCUUUGUCCGGGAAAGAAUUCCUUUUGGAUUUGUUUGGGGAAUUGAAUAUGUUAUUAAAGUAAAUUAAAUUGAUUAUUCAGGUCGCGCUUAUUUUUAAAUUUUUGUCGGGAAGUGAUUCGCAAAUGAUCAGAUUUAAAGGUAUUGAAAUAUUUAACCACAAACAGAUUUGUUCUGUGAACAAGCCAUUCAUUGGUCAAUACUACUCUUAUCGACAGCUGAUUACGUCACUGUCUAGACAUUUUCAUGGUUUUUCUUUGGCCUUGGGAAUCUGAUCGAUUUUCACAAAAUAACCUACAUACUUGUUACGAUAACCUAUACAGCAUUAUAAUAUAUAUACAUUUGGUCUUUAUUUUUAACAUUUAUAUAUUGUUUGUUAAAUAUAACAACUAUCCUAUUUAUAACGUUGGAUUUCAAGUAUUUUAUAGUUCCAUUUCCCUUGCGAUUUUCGGCAUAUUUUAUAACAGAAGAUAUGACUCGUCACAUUUUAAAAUUCGGGGUUUUAAAACUGUUUUUAUUGUGUCAUUUGUGCUGAAAGCUCACCCAAUUGUAUUGAAGGUAUUUGCAGCUUUCAUUCCUCCAAAUCCUAAUCCUUAUUAACGUGUAAGGCAUCACAGCAAUUUUCGAUCGAGUGUCGCAAAUAAUCCAAUUGCUUUGGUUUUGCUUUUCUUCGCGCUAGUCUGUCAACCAAUCACAUGUAGAACUAAAGCAAUCAUGACUUGGCUAUCCGCGAUUUCGCGCGCUUUAGGCAGUUUGGUUGUUGUUACUUUCUCGUUAGCUUUUUAAAGGUAUUUUCCUCUCUGAAUGGCCUUCGUAGUUACUCUAGUUUUUGUUUCGUGACGUUCAAUCUAAGUGUUCUGUCUAGUUAACGGAUAAUGGGGUAGGCCAACAUAACUAAAUCUCCAAUUCAUUUACAGUUAAAAGUUCACUGCUGCAAAGGAGAUUUUUUACUUUGGUCCAGCGCUUAUGUUUCACAGGGAAAACUGUUGUUAUGUUAGCUUCACGUCAUAUCUAAGGUGCUUAAUGACUUCGUGUUAAUUUUUCUCUUAAGGUAGUUUUUAUCAAGUCAUCUUUAUCUCUUGCCUUCAUUUGCUGGAAAACCGAGUGGGAGAAUCAGUUUCAGACCAACAUUUUGUUCAUAAUUUCUGAAAGAUAUCUGAUCCUGAUGAUGGAUUGAAUUCAGGAAGUACUAGGCUUUAAUGAUCAUGCAUUUCGGGUGGGUGAAAAAGGAGCUUAGCAAUUUCUAAGAAAGAUAGCGAAGAUUCGCAAACUCAACGGAGGGUCGCAUUUUGUAAAGUUUCUAAGUAAAUGACCAUCUUGUACACAGUUUCCGGAAAGAAAAUAAAGAGAAUUUGUAGAAACUUU